GACCCCGCGCAGAAAACAGAAGAAAAAUAAAACAACAUUUAAAAAAACAUGUUCCGUGUUUUGCUGUCGUAUUGAUUAGUUGGUGUGUUGCUCGGGGGCAACAGCAAGCAAGCAAAUCGUAAUAAAUUAGCAUUGAUGAGUGAUCGAUCCGCUACUCGUGCCAAGUUUCCAUCUCGGGAGACCUAGAACGUGACCUUUUUUUUGGCUAACAACGAUGGAUAGCGUUUGUUCAGUGUGAAACCGGCCCAGGUGUAAGAUAAGAAGAAUACUUACGACGAAAAAAAAGGCCAGCUGCAUUACUACAAACAGAUUAAACAGUCAAUAGCAAUGAUGUUUCGACUGCGGGUGAAAAUACUCUACAUUUAUAUCAUCAUUUCGUUUAUGCUUUCGGUCUAUUUAUUUUACCUCAUCUCAAAAUAUUCGGUGGAAAAAUUUAUCAACUAUCAGCGUCAUGUAAGAAGUAGUAAGUUCCAGGAGCGGCCCAGAAUACCUCAAAUCGUAGGUCAUUACGUAGGAGCGGGCGGUGCCGUCGGGAACGUAUCUAAAGACUUCUUGAAUACGAACAAUUUCGCUCCCAUCCCAGGGGUUGGCGAAAACGGAGAUCCGGUUGUGAUACAGGCGAGGGACCUUCUCAAGAUGCAGCAACUUUUCCAGCUAAAUCGUUACAACCUGCUGGCUAGUGACCGAAUUGCUCUAAAUCGUUCGCUGCCGGAUGUUCGAAAGCCAAAAUGCCUGACCAAGGAAUAUCCCUCUUCGCUACCAACGACGUCAAUUAUUAUCGUCUUCCACAACGAGGCUUGGUCGGUGCUGCUGCGUACCGUUUGGAGUGUUAUAAUCCGUUCACCCAGACAUCUGAUCAAAGAGAUUCUGCUGGUGGAUGAUGCCAGCGAUCGAGCUUUUCUGAAGACGCCCCUGGAGAACUACGUGCAAACGCUUCCGGUGGUGAUCAGUGUUUUGAGGCUUAACAAACGAGAAGGUCUAGUCGCAGCACGCUUGAUGGGUGCCCGGGUUGCAACCGGAGAUACUUUGACGUUCCUGGAUGCUCAUUGCGAGUGUUCUCCAGGUUGGCUCGAACCACUGCUGGCACGAGUCGGGGAAAACCCACAUAAAGUCGUCUGUCCGGUGAUUGAUAUCAUUUCGGACGAUAACUUUUCCUAUAUCAAAAGUUUCGAGUUUCAUUGGGGGGCAUUCAAUUGGCAGAUGCAUUUCCGCUGGUACACACUGAGUGAGGAAGAACUGGCGGAACGGCGGAAGGAUACGACGCUGCCGUUCCGGACGCCCGCCAUGGCUGGGGGAUUAUUUUCGAUUGAUCGAAAGUUUUUCUUCGACAUCGGUGCCUAUGACGAACGGUUGAAGAUAUGGGGCGGUGACAAUCUGGAAAUGUCUUUCCGGGUGUGGCAAUGCGGUGGUGAAGUGGAAAUAGCCCCUUGUUCACAUGUGGGGCACCUGUUUCGGAAGAGCUCUCCGUACACGUUUCCUGGUGGCGUCAGUGGAAUCCUCAAUGAAAAUCUUGCUAGAGUGGCACUUGUCUGGAUGGAAGACUGGUCGAAGUUCUUUUUCAAGUUCAACAAGGGCACGGAGGAGUUCAAAAGUCUGAAUGUCUCGAAUCGAAUCGCUCUGAAGAAGCAAUUGAACUGCAAAUCCUUCGAUUGGUAUUUGCGCAAAAUUUGGCCCCAAAAUUUCUUUCCCGCCGCCAAUAAAUUCUUCGGCCGCAUUCAGCCCAUCGAUCUCAGCACCUUUGAUUAUCAGGAGUACACCACUUUGAUGAAAAAAAUCAAUCUGAUCGUUAAGAAUCUAAACCCGGAACUGAAGUGGAAGUUUCUAAUAAAAUACCUCUCGGAAAACGUGAAAAAAAUUGCCGACUCGAUGAAAAUCGCCAAACACAGUUCAUAUUGUCUGCAGAAACCAAAGUCCAACACACUGAUCAACCAACCGUAUGGGCAGUCGUUUCUGAAAAAGUGCUCCCUGCUGAUCAACAUUCUGGACGAGGAGUUCGUGAUAGAUGAUUACGGUCGCAUCAUGACCGACGAAGGCGUUUGUUUGGACUCGUUCCAGAAGACCUCCGUCGACGGGGAGCAACUGGUGGAGGGAGCGAAGAAAAUCCGAAUGGUAACCUGCGGCAGUAACAAACCUAACCAGCGGUGGAUCUACGAAACCGAUACGUACCACGUGAAAAACAUGAACGGGGGUGACUGUCUCGAGCGAGGUUUGACGCUGAUUAAGGAUGAAAGCGACGACAAGUUUGAGGUGUUUCUCAAUCCGUGCGACGUGCGGAAUGAGCUGCAAAAGUGGAUGCUGUUUCCGGUGGCGUGGAAGUGAAGCUUUUUUCCCCCUCUCUUUACUCAACAAUACUCUAAUGCACUAGUUAACAGCCCGCAGAGCACUUCAAAAUGCAAACAUAGCCAGAAAAGUAACAGUAUUUUAUGAUAAUUUCAUCGAAAAGUAAGACUAAGUUUUUUUUGCUCUAACAGUUUUAACGAUACAAUUGUAAGAAUUUACAAUGCAAACAAUUCCAAAAGUAUUGCUCAAACAAUAUAAGUAAGUAAGUAAACUGCACACUAGUGAGAAUGAUUUUGUGGAACAAACAUUUCAAGAUUAGGUUCGAAACAGCUUUUGCUAACCAUUUUAACACUCUCUGAACGUGUCGACAUCGAUGUAUGUACUAAUUUUUUGUCCGUUAAGGUUAAGUUUGAAUCUGUGAUAUUACGACAUUUGAAAUAUACUAAAUAAACACAAACUUGUAAUAGUUCAUCA